AUGGCUUCAUUUGAUUUCCAAUCACUGUUUACGAAUGUUCCCGGUCGGGAGGUCAUACGUAUCAUGUGUGAUCAUGUGGAGCAAAACGAACUGAAAAUCGGUAUACCAGUAUCAGUUCUGGUACGACAAUUACUACUGUGCACAACAAACGUAUCGUUCUCCUUCCUUGGUUGGGCUUACAGACAAAUUGACGGUGUCGCAAUCCGAACUCCAUUGAGCCCCAUUCUGGCACAUAUGUUUUUGGCUCAUCUUGAGGAAAAGGCGAGCAAAAUCCUCGAACGUUCACAACUUUACAAACGAUACGUUGAUCAUGUUCUAGUCAUCACAAUAAGUCUAGAAGAGACAACAUGGAUUAUGGAUAAACUCGAUCGCCUGCAUCCGAAUAUACGAUUUACGAUGGAAACAGAAAUCGAAGAUACACUGCACUUCCUCGACAUUAAAAUCACUAGGAAUAAUGAUGGAACAAUGGCCAGAUCUGUUUACCGAAAAGAAACCUGGACAGGCCAAUGCUUGCAAUUUGACAGCUUUGUGUCUGUGGAAUAUGAACGUGGUCUGGUCCGAACACUAUUUCAAACAGCACGACAUAUAUGCACAGAAGACAUGAUUGACAACGAACUACGACAGCUGAAAGAAUCUUUGACUAGAAACGCUUAUCCCGAUGCGUUUAUCGAAAAGCACAGCAAGCCUAAAUUGAUCAGACAAACGAAUUGUUCAGCAGAAAAACUACUAGUCACCAUUUGUCUUCCAUUCAUACGUGAUGACAUCAAUUGCUUGCUCAAACGACCACUUGGAUCAGCGCUUGCCCAAAACAAAUAUUAUGCACCUGACCUCAGAAUUAUUCAUCGAACGAUUGAGAUCCCCACACCCUCGGUGAAACAACGUCCACCUCUGUACACCAAAUCGAAUCUGAUUUACCAAUUUCAGUGUAGUUGCGGAGCAACGUACGUGGGUCGAACAGAGCGCCAGUUACGUAACCGAGUGAUUGAAUAUAUUCCAAAUUGGGUACAACGUUUUGUGAUGCAAUCAGGGUCAGAUCAAAGGCAUAAUGACAACGUUCGAAACCAUAAGAUCCCGUCGUCGGCUGUCGGCCGUCGGCCGUCGGCCGUCGCUCGUCAUCUUCUGAUGACGCAACAUCCAGCUGACCGAAGCACUGCGUUUCGGGUCAUUUACGUGGCAAAAAAUACUAGGCUUUUGAGACAAAUUGACGGUGUCGCAAUCCGAACUCCAUUGAGCCCCAUUCUGGCACAUAUGUUUUUGGCUCAUCUUGAGGAAAAGGCGAGCAAAAUCCUCGAACGUUCACAACUUUACAAACGAUACGUUGAUCAUGUUCUAGUCAUCACAAUAAGUCUAGAAGAGACAACAUGGAUUAUGGAUAAACUCGAUCGCCUGCAUCCGAAUAUACGAUUUACGAUGGAAACAGAAAUCGAAGAUACACUGCACUUCCUCGACAUUAAAAUCACUAGGAAUAAUGAUGGAACAAUGGCCAGAUCUGUUUACCGAAAAGAAACUUGGACAGGCCAAUGCUUGCAAUUUGACAGCUUUGUGUCUGUGGAAUAUGAACGUGGUCUGGUCCGAACACUAUUUCAAACAGCACGACAUAUCUGCACAGAAGACAUGAUUGACAACGAACUACGACAGCUGAAAGAAUCUUUGACUAGAAACGCUUAUCCCGAUGCGUUUAUCGAAAAGCACAGCAAGCCUAAAUUGAUCAGACAAACGAAUUGUUCAGCAGAAAAACUACUAGUCACCCUUUGUCUUCCAUUCAUACGUGAUGACAUCAAUUGCUUGCUCAAACGACCACUUGGAUCAGCGCUUGCCCAAAACAAAUAUUAUGCACCUGACCUCAGAAUUAUUCAUCGAACGAUUGAGAUCCCCACACCCUCGGUGAAACAACGUCCACCUCUGUACACCAAAUCGAAUCUGAUUUACCAAUUUCAGUGUAGUUGCGGAGCAACGUACGUGGGUCGAACAGAGCGCCAGUUACGUAACCGAUUGAUUGAAUAUAUUCCAAAUUGGGUACAACGUUUUGUGAUGCAAUCAGGGUCAGAUCAAAGGCAUAAUGACAACGUUCGAAACCAUAAGAUCCCGUCGUCGGCUGUCGGCCGUCGCUCGUCAUCUUCUGAUGACGCAACAUCCAGCUGA